CCAAAGGUCCUCAGUUUUGUAGGGCUUUUCCUGUUUUCCUGUGGUUGUUUUUUUUUUUAUCCUCCUCCCCUGUGGGACCACUGCUUCUUUUUCAGGUAGAAGUGACACCAGAAGAGGAAAAGAAGGUUGUGACACGCCACAGAGAGUAUCUGCUGGAAAGAGACCAAGAGACCACAAGCCUGGGGGGUGGAAUGACUCCAGGAAUAAGCAGAAAGCCAACUCAUUUUAGUGAAGAGAUGGAAACGGCCACUGCACAGCCAGAUCAGCAGCUGGUGACCUUUGAGGAGGUUUCUGUGUCUUUCACGGAAGGGGAGUGGGUGCUUUUGGACUCAGGCCAAAGAGCCUUGCAUAGACAAGUUAUGGAAGAGAACUAUGAGAAUCUGGCCUCUUUGGGAUGGAAAUGCAGAGAUGAGGGAGAGCUGCACAGAAUGUGGAAUAAACACUUUGCUUCUCAGGAGGCUGAUUUCCAUAUCGUCUUUGUCAAAGAAAAAACAGAUGAGGGAAAAGAAACAGAGUGUGAGAAAAGCUUUGUUUGGGAAUCAAGCCAUAAGGAUGACUGGGGAACACCCAUGGGAGAGAAAGCAUUUGAGUGUUCUGAGUUUGAAAAUGGCUUGAGUCUGGGAACAAAUCUGGUUAGGCACAAAAGAAUCCACACAAGGGAGAAACGGUUUAAAUGCCUGGAAUGCAGAAAGAGCUUUGGUCGGGGUUCUCACCUGAAAAGGCACCAAAGCAUCCACACAGAGGAGAAACCAUAUAAAUGCCCACAGUGUGGAAAGGGCUUCAGUCGGAGCACAAACCUUAACACACAUCAAAGAAUCCACACUGGGGAGAGGGUAUUUGAAUGCCUGGAAUGUAGAAAGGGCUUCAUUCGGAGGGAUCAUCUGAAAAGGCACCAAAGAAUUCAUGCAGAAGAGAAGCCAUAUAAAUGUAUUGAGUGUGGAAAGUGCUUCAAUCAGCGAACAAACCUUAAUACACAUCAAAGAAUCCACACAAAGGAGAAACAGUUUGAUUGCCAGGAAUGUGGAAAGAGGUUUAGGCGGGGGGCUUAUCUGAGAAGACACCAGUUAAUCCAUAAGGAGGAAAAGGUUUACAGAUAGUUAGAGUGCAGAAAGGGCUUUAGUCUUGAAUCUCAUCUUCAGAUGCACCAAACAGUCCAUAUGGAGGAGAAACUGUAUAAAUGCAGGCAGUGUGGAAAGGGCUUCUGUAAUAUGUCUGAUUUUAGGAGGCACCACAGAAUCCACACUGGGGAAAAACCAUAUCAGUGCUUCGAGUGUGGAAAGAGCUUCAAUCAGAGCACCAGUCUUAAUAUCCAUCAAAGAAUUCACACGGGAGAGAGACCAUAUAAAUGCUCCUACUGCAGGAAAUCCUUUUUUGCCAAGUCAAACUUUACUAAACAUCAAAGAAUCCACAUAGUGGGAAAGCCAUACCAAUGCUUGGAGUGUGGGAAAAGCUUCGAUCAGAGCAUAACGCUUCAUAUGCAUCAAAAAAUCCACACAGAGGAGAAGCCAUAUAAAUGCUCCUAUUGUAACAAAUGCUAUUUUGUUAAAUCAAGCUUUAAUAAACAUCAAAGAAUCCAUAUGAGGGAGAAGACUCAGCUUGUGGGAAAUGUUUCAGUUGGGUUGCCAUCCUUGUUUUGCCCUGAAGAAACCAUCCAAGGGAAAGAACUACACCAGGCUUCCCCAACCAUUCUGAGCUUGCUGCAGCCACCGACAGCAGAGCUCACGAAGCAUUCCGCAAACCUCCCGCGGCCCCUCGGCCUCCUGGUAGCAGAACUGGCGGAAGCACACGGGCGCUCCAAAUCCCACCUGGCAUCCCCCUCGGCUGGGGAUUCCUUCAGCCUCUCAGAGCGGAUGAUACAAGAGGCUUUUCCUGCAUCCUUCCUAGAUUCUGAGUCUGCAGGGCCCUGUGUCUCCGUCUUCAUUCUGGCCUCUAGCAUGGCAUCUAUUUGGACACCCCUGGUAGCUGCAUCUCUGCCAUCCGUGGCCAUCUUCACCAGUGUCAAGGGCUGGACCGAAGAGGUUCUUUCGGGCACAAUGCUUUCCAAGCAUCACAGAGACAUCAAUGAAAAAAAACAAGGGACGAGUGGGACUCUGGGCAGUGUCGAAGUUGAUUUGGUGAGAAAAGAAGUCCCUGUUAGAGAAUCCUUUCUUGGUUUUAUCCAGAAGGACACUGAGAGCGUGGCUGAAGACAUCUUGAGACAGCCUCAAGAUGGAUGCCCGCCAGAAGGGCCCAUCUUCUCGGAGCACACGGGCAAGCUGAAACCUUGCACGCCCGAUAGAGGACCCCGUGACAACAAGCGCACAUUUGCCUCCCAUGGGCACAAGCACAACAGCUAUAACACACAAAGAACCUCUUCAGUCCAACUCUUGACACUGGUGAAGAUGGCCACAGAUGGCAGAAAUGCAGCUACCAGGGGUGUCCAAAUAGAUGCCAUGCUAGAGGCCAGAAUGAAGAUGGAGACACAGGGCUCUGCAGACUCAGAAUCUGGAAAGGAUGCAGUAAAAGCCUCUUGUAUCAUCCGCUCUGAGAGGCUAAAGGAAUCCUGGGAAGAGGUCACACCUGAAAACAUUAAACAGGAACCGGAAGCAGGGCUGCACGAGCAUUGGGAAGCCCAGCAGCACAAAACGGUUCGCUCUCCUCAGUCCAGAUGGGGGGAUGCUCUAUUGCCAGGUCUCGCACCAGGGGGUGAUUCUCCAGGCGAGGGAGCCUCUAAUAUCAGGCAGCUGUUUCCUGGCGAAGAGACAGAACUCUUGUCUGGCAUUAGUGGAGAUACCCGUCAUCCUGUCAACAAUCUCUUGGUCAAAUAUCAAGUAGACUGCCAGAAAGUGAAGGAAGAGACCCUGGCUGAGCGGGAUGCAAACUGGGAUUUGGAGCGCCAGUGCUUCCGCCAGUUCUGCUACCAGGAUGUCGAGGGGCCACGGGAGGUUUGCGGGAUGCUGCGGAAGCUUUGUUAUCGGUGGCUGCAGCCUGAAGGGAACACGAAAGAGCAGAUCCUAGAGAUGGUCAUCCUGGAGCAGUUCAUGAAUGUCCUGCCCUCGGAGAUGCAGAGCUGGGUCUGGGAAGGUUGCCCUGAGACUUGUUUUCAGGCGGUAACUCUGGCCGAAGGUUUCCUGCGGCGGCAACAAAAACUUGAGGCGGGAGAACAGCAGGAGGAAGUGGCUGAUUUCCCAGAGACAGGGGGGGCUCCGUCAGACUCCUGUGAGUCGCCGCUUUUCCAAGAGAUCGAGGAGGAUGGAGGCGCCACCACGAUGGGUGAUGAAAGGGCAUUUUGGAAGGAGAGUAAUCAACGAGAAAAUUCUACAGAACUUGGGUUUCAAUGGAUGCUGCCAGGGCAAAGAGAACAUAACUUUUCCCAUUUUUCUGAUCUGGGAGAAGCCUCUGAGAACCACCAGGAAACUCUCCCUGAUGAAGGCAAAGUUGUUUAUUUUCAACAGAGUUUUGAACAUCUCAAUGAAAUUCCUGAAAUCCAGCAAAGAAUCCUCAAGGGUGAGAUCUGCACAGAGUGUGGGAAGUCCUUCCAAUCCAAGGCAGAACUGACCAAGCAUCAGUGCACGCAUUCAGGAGAAAAACUCUACAUGUGCUUGGAGUGCGGGAAAAGCUUCAGUCAGCAAUCACAUCUCAUGGCGCAUGAAUUGACCCACUCUCAAGAGAAACCAUUCUCGUGUCCUGACUGUGGGCAAAGUUUUACCAGAAAGACUGGGCUUGUGGCUCAUCAGACAAUCCACACAGGGGAAAGACCCUUUAACUGCCUUGAGUGUGGGAAAAACUUUCGUCAGAGGUUGGACUUGAUUCGGCACCAAAAAAUCCACACAGGUGAGAAACCACAUGAAUGCCCUGACUGCUUGAAAAGCUUCCGGAAGAAGUCAGCUUUCCUCGUCCACCAGAGGAUCCACACAGAGGAGAAGCCAUAUCCCUGCUCGACCUGCGGGAAGAGCUUCCGGCAUCGCACGAACCUGAUCGCACAUGAAAGAAUCCAUACAGGGGAGAAGCCGUACAAGUGCACCGAAUGCGAGAAGAGCUUUGGUGACAGGUCUUCCUUGAUGAAGCACAAGCGAUCUCACACUGGAGAGAAGCCAUAUAAAUGCUUGCAGUGUGGGAAAAGCUACUCUCAAAAUGCCGGUCUGCUCCAGCAUGAGAAGAUCCACACUGGAGAGAAACCCUUUGAAUGCCCUGAGUGCCUCAAAAGCUUCCGGGAUAAAUCAGCAUUUAUUUCUCACCGUCGGACCCACACAAAUGAAAGACCAUUCCACUGUUCAGGUUGUGACAAAAGCUUCAGUCAUCGUUCCAACCUUCUGAAACACGAGCGGACUCACACAGGGGAGAAGCCAUUCCAGUGUUUAGAGUGUGGGAAGAGCUAUACCCGGAAGCCAAACCUAAUUCUGCAUGAAAGAACACAUGCAAAAGAGAAAGUGUCGAACUGAUCUUAGAUUGGGGUAGGGAUAUCGGUUUUGUAUCUUUAACAUCCCUCAAGGAACGUAACCGUAUGAAGCUGUUGUGCACCAGAACAUUUAUGAAGAAAACUUGACUCAACGAAAAAUAUUAAAGGCACAAGACAAGGGUGUCCCAGCUCUCCGUUACUUUUCAUUAUGACAUUUGAUUUGAACUAGGGGUGACUAUAACAAAUACCAAUUUGACAUUGUUUCAGAAUAACUAUUAGAAAAAUCUAAUAGAGGAUUUGAAUAGAUGGAAAAACUUAAAUCUAUCGUUAUUAGGGAAAAAAUCAGUUAUUAAAAUGAAUCUUACCAAGAAUUUUAUUCUUAUUUCAAAAGAUACCCAUUACAAACUCUGAUAAACCGUUGAAUGUUUGGCAAAAGGAAUCAGCAAAAUUUAUAUGGCGAGCACAGAAGGCCAGGAUCAAAAUGAAAAUGUUAUCUGAUGCUGAAGAGAGGGGAGAUUUACAGAUACUGCAUUUGAGACUAUAUUUUGAAGGCUCUGCUUUGUCUUGGUUGAAAGAUUGGAUUUUACUUUUAAAAAAACCCCAGUGAUUAUUGAAAUUGGAAGGAAAUGUAUUUCCAUUUGGAUGGCAUGCAUAGAUAUGGUCUGGAAAAGAAAAGUUUAUAAAGAAAAGUUUAUAAAGUUUGCACUGAGCGGGGUUUGGAAGAGAUAUAGGAAAAUAAUUAUAGACAGGAUUCUGUUUUGGAUAUUUCCCUAAGAAGUACCGUUCAGAAAUUGAUUGGAUUCAGAAAAGACUUGGCUUAUGUAUAGGGAUCUGGUGAAGAAAUUGUCUUGUUGGCCAAAGAGCAGACAUGAUGAGCAGAGUUUGGUUCUCAAAAUAAUAACUUUGUUUUCUGGCCUUUUCCAGCAUUCCCAAGCUGUGCCUCAUUAGAUGGAGGUUGAAAGAGGCCCAGCUGCAGAGUGUUUAUCCAACAGCCAUAUUCCGGCAGGUCCUUUGAAGUGGGCCCUAUCUCCACCUGAUAAUCAUGAUGAGUUCACACUAACCAUUACUACUAAUUGGCAAUGCAAUAUGAUUGGUUUGCUGCCUUAAACCAUCUGACCGUAUGAUUUUCCUAUAACCGUAAUCCAGUGCUCUAACAACUUUUCUCCUCCCUCUUGCUACCUGACAUCACGAAGCUAUUUUCAGCCAGCUUGCACCUAUAGAUGAUUUUUUUCUCUUUGCGUCUUUGAAACCAAGGCUACGCUAUACAAUGGAUUGUUUUAAUGUGAUUCUUUUACUUUCAGCUAUUAGUUUGCUGUUACUAGCUAGUUUUCAAUUGACCUUACAUACUUACUGCCGAUGCAGCUUCGUUUGUUGAGCACGUAUUGCUUCUCAAUAAACUUUAAAGACAUUUUACAUGA